GAUUUGCGAUAGAGACGGACGUGUUAACGAUCGAGACUCGAAACUUGUCGUAAAUUGUAAAUUGUGAGCUAGUGUCGUGUUGGGAUUAACUCGUACAUAUUUCUCGAAUCCGGCACAAAUGUGCGCCUAACGAAGCCUACCAACCACGAAAAUACCGCCCAGAAUGACCUACCUACCCUUCAGAAGCAAGCCCUUCAAAAUCCUUUGCAAUUACCUAAACACGUAAACACGUAAUAAACCAAAGUGACACAAAACUAUUAAUUAUAAUACAAUAGUUCCUUUAUUUAUUCAAAUAUAGUUAUAUUAGUUCUAAGUAGCUAAGUGCCAUAUUGACAAUGAUUGUGUUAAGUGUACUCUUAGUUAUGUUGAAAGUGGUGGCGGGGGAUAGGAGUCACUUGCCCCCUACGUGUGAGAGUACGAUAUUCUGUCAUGGCCCCCUUCUAGACACGGUCCAGAUGGCCGGCCUGUACAAAGACUCCAAGACUUUUGUAGACAUGAAGAUGAAGCUAUCACCCAACAUCACAUUGGAACACUUCAACCAGAUGAUGACCAGGACAGGUUCAAGGCCAACGAAGGCUGACGUCCAGGAGUUUAUUAAUCAAAAUUUCGACCCUGAAGGUUCUGAAUUCGAAGAAUGGCGACCGACGGAUUGGAAAGAGAAUCCCGCAUUUCUUCAACGGAUCAAGGACCCUCUCUUCCACCAAUGGGCAUCAGACUUAAACAGGCUUUGGUUACAACUCGGCAGAAAGAUGAAGGAUGAGGUCAAACAGAACCAAGAACUGUACUCUAUUAUAUAUGUAGAUAAUCCUGUGAUUGUGCCCGGUGGUCGAUUCCGUGAAUUCUACUACUGGGAUUCGUAUUGGAUCAUCAAGGGCCUCUUGUUAUCAGAAAUGCGCACCACAGCUAGAGGGAUGGUCGUUAACUUUUUGAACAUAGUUGACCGAUUCGGCUUCAUACCCAAUGGAGGAAGAAUUUAUUAUUUAAUGAGAUCUCAACCACCUCUCCUAAUUCCCAUGGUGAAAUUAAUAAUGGAUGAUUUUGGUGAUAUUGACUUUUUGAGACAACACAUUGAAACAUUGGACCGCGAAUACGACUUCUGGGUGAAGAACCAUACCAUUGAUGUGGAUUACGAUGGACAGAAAUACAGACUAUUAAGAUACACUGACCAGUCCCAGGGACCAAGACCUGAGAGUUACAAAGAAGAUAUUGACUGUGCUAAACAUUUCGACACAGAAGUCAAAAAGGAAGAAUUAUAUGCAGAGUUAAAAGCAGCCGCUGAAUCUGGGUGGGACUUUUCGUCCAGAUGGUUCAUCCUUAAUGGCACCAACAAAGGAAAUCUGACAAAUCUUAAAACAAGGUCAAUUAUUCCCGUCGACCUAAACGCAAUAUUGUGCUGGAACGCUCAACUGAUGGCUGAAUUCCAUGAGAAAUUGAAGAAUUUCGACAAGGCUCAGUAUUAUAGGGAUGUGCAUGCUAGACUAAUGGAAGCUAUUGAAAAGGUUCUUUGGCACGAAGACGUUGGCGCCUGGUUAGAUUUCAGUCUCGAGUCAGGUAGACGAAGAGACUACUUCUACCCAUCAAACAUCGCUCCGCUGUGGACCGGAAGUUACGACAAAGCAAGAAAGGACUACUAUGUGAAUCGAGUCAUUAAUUAUUUGGACAAAGUAAAGGUGGACAUCUUCGAGGGCGGCAUCCCCACCACGUUCGAGCACUCGGGCGAGCAGUGGGACUACCCCAACGCGUGGCCGCCGCUGCAGGACAUGGUGGUGUCGGGGCUGGCGCAGUCGGGCGUGGCGCUGGCCGCGCGCGCCGCCGCGCACCUCGCCGCCAAGUGGGUGCGCUCCAACUACGAGGUGUGGCGCCAGAAGACGGCCAUGCUGGAGAAGUACGACGCGACAAUAUUCGGCGGUACCGGAGGUGGUGGGGAGUACGUUGUGCAAACCGGCUUUGGCUGGACCAAUGGCGUUAUAAUGGCCCUUCUCGACCAAUACGGAGACACGUUAUCUGUAGCGGAGGCGUUCGGUGAGGAGAGCGAGGAGGUGCGCGGCGCGGCGAUGGGCACGGGGGGCGUGGCCACCGCGCUGCUCGUGGUCGCCGCCUCGCUGGCCGCGGGGACGCUGGGGCUUAUCAUGUACAGAAAGCGUCGAGAUUACGCACCUCUAAUCAACGGCGAUGAUGUAAAACUCCUAGGACGGAGACCGUAUACGGAACUCAGAAGUAUGAACGGAGCAUCAAACCCAAGACAACGGUGAAUGCAAACUACCUCCCCUUACUAGAGAUGAAGAAUUGAAAAUGAAAUCAACGAAAUGAAUCUAACCGCUUUCGUUUAAUUACGUCAUGUGAUUGCAUAGUAUUUCUAUAUGCAACAAAACAUUAAGCAUUGCUCAUAAACCAAUUGUAACAGCUCACUAAAAGUAUACUAACUCGACGACGCGACUUACUUUCGCGUUUGACAAUAAGAAACAAAUAGUAGGGGAUAUUUAGUCAUUAUUGUUCAACUGUAUUUUUUUUUUAAAGUUGGAACAUUGGAGUUUGUGUACCAGUUCUAUUAUGUGCUGUGAAUUGAAACUCUUGUAUAUAUAUAGACAGUAGAUAAGUAUCCUUGCUUGUAUAUUAUAGGGUUUAGAUUUGUUUAAUUUAUAACUUGACCAUAACAUAUUUUUGUCAACAAUCUUACUUUUUUUUUACAUCUACCGAAGACAAGGAUGUAUAGUGCAGAACUUUUGCUAUUCUCAAAUUUUAAAAAUGUAAUAUUUUACAGAUUAUAUAAAAUGUCGCGUGCUGCAUAUUUUAUAAAAAUAACAAUGUUAUAAAUUUAGCUAAAUUUACAUUUAAUUUUGGUCAAGUUUCUUUGUAUAUGGGUUCAAUUGUUUGCCCAUUUAAAAAUCAAAUUAAUUUUGGCCUCUCAAACUAAACAAAAUAAAUCGUCAAAGUAGAUCAAUAGUUGUUGUAUUUAUAUCGAUUUGAAAUCACAUUUUCAAUUAUAUAUCAUCAACUAUAACAAAUUUAUUUAUUUAAAUAAAAUUACAGUUAUAUUUAUAAAAAAAAACACAAAGCUACUCAAUUUUAACUUUUAUAUUAAGUAUUUAUUUCAUUGUGAUUUUUUUAAUAUACGCCCUUAUAAAUUGUUUAGUUGAACAUUAAUUUCUCUCUUUCUGUCAUUAUUAAUUUGACAUUCGAAAGAAGAAGACAGCAUUGUUUAAAACGAAACAUUCGCUAAAAAACGUUUAUAAGGCCGAUAGCCAUCAAUUAAUGUUACAAAGAGUAAAUUCAGCCUUACUAUUACUUGUUAAGCAUUCUUUGUGACACAACUUUUAUCAAUAUAAAUUAUUUAUUUAUAUUUGAGAACGAUUCUUUAAAUAAUGACAAUUAGUUUAUGAUUAAAGUCUUCCCAAAGAUAUAUAGAAUGGACUUGAAGAGAGUUAGGGCCUUACAAAAAACGACAACUCUAUAGGGACAUUGUGAUUGUGAUCCAUGCACGACUCCUUUAGGCUUAUUAUAAUAUAAACGUGGUAUAGGUUCGUACCAGCUUGAUAUGUACCACCCACUCAUUUACUCUACCGCCAAACACCCACUGAUUCUACUAAAGAUCUUUCAAUCAAUGUACACUGCAUUUUACGCUGUUUUCUGUUAUAUCCAAGUUUAAUUCGAAGUACGUAGUAGUAAGUAAGGGUGUUAACAUCGGAAUCCCAUGGCAUGGUGUAUAUUUUUAUAAUAACAACCAAUAUCAAUGGUGACAGGUUAACUGACUUGACGGAAGGCUUAUUUGUCUGUAUACAUCAGUCAGAUAUUACACAAUUCGACAUUCUGAAAAGAGACCACAAUCGCUAUGCCCUUACACUUUUCGUAUUCAUUUCGCAGUUGAAUUCUCUAAGUCCGUUCAUUCUAAACCUUCCUCGUCAAGUAAAACUUAGACGAAGUCCUUAUAACAAUAGUAGAUUGUGUUAAAUUUAGGUAUAAAUAAAAGAGUAUUAUUAGAUUAGUGGGUAAUUUUAGUUUUAAGUAGACAAUUAUUAUAUUUUUUUAAAUGUCGUGUAAAUAGUAUUUUGUUUUUUUUUUUUUUGUUGUAUUUUUGCUUGCAUUUAAAGAAAGUGUGAUUUCAAAUCGAACAUUUAAAAAAAAUGACAUUAAGACACGUCACGUUAAAAUCUUAAACAGAUAAAAAAUGAAAGAUAAAGCUAGUUUAAUAGUGAUAGUGAAUUUAUUUAUAUAAUGCAAUCUGAUA